GGAAGGGAAAAGGAAGAGAAAGCUGUCGCGGUGGAGCAAAAGCCGACCAGUAAACAAACCCAUUUGAACCGGAGGCCACCGCUGCGCCGCGAAGCCUCUCCUCCUCGCUCGCACACCACGCCAGGCCAGCACACGAGGGAGACGGGAGAGAGAUCGACGAUGGCGAGCUCGCUGGCCCGCCUGGGAGCGGCGCUGCAACCCCGCGCUCGCCCGCUCGCCGCGGCGUCGCGGCGGAUUCUGCUGCCACAGGGAGGGCGGUGGGACCCCGCGGCUGCCGCCUCCCGCCCGGCUUCGCUGUACGCUUGCAAAUGCCAAGUUCACUCGAACGUGAAGGUGUCCCCACCUACGUCGGAGGUGAAGGAUGGGGGAAAUUCGUCCCAAAGUUGGAGGAUUAAGAUGCUCUAUGAUGGUGAUUGCCCGCUCUGUAUGCGUGAGGUAAACAUGCUGAGGGAAAGAAACAAAUCCUAUGGAGCUAUAAAUUUUGUUGACAUCAGCUCAAAAGAUUAUACUCCCAAGGACAAUCAAGGUCUUGAUUAUGAAACUGCCAUGGGGAGGAUACAUGCCAUUCUUGCAGAUGGAACUAUCGUCACAGAUGUUGAGGCAUUUAGAAGGCUUUACGAGGAAGUGGGACUUGGAUGGGUGUAUGCUGUUACCAAGUAUGAACCUGUGUCUACCAUAGCAAAUGCAGUAUAUGGUGUAUGGGCCAAAUACCGUAUGGAAGUUACAGGUCGACCUCCACUGGAGGAAAUUUUUGCAGCACGAAGACAAGCGGGCGAAUGUAAAGAUGAUAAAGCAUGCAAGAUGUGAGCAGCAAAGGCGCUGGUUUUCCCGGCUCUUUCACUGCUACUCUGCUACAUACCUUUAAAUAGUCACAUAUACAUAGGUAGCAAGUCUCGCAUUCAAAUGAUAACAAGAUCCACUAUCACAACGUUUCCCGUGUUGGAGAGCAAAUAAUUCCAAAAUCUGUACACUGGUUCUGUGGGAAAGAAAAGCUGAUGAGCUGUGGCAGGUGGUCAUCUAGGGACGCUGUCUUCAGUUCUGCAGGGAGGUCGCCGGUUGCUUUGUUUCCUAGCCUUCCCGGCGACCUCCUCCGUGUAUGACCAGCUGCGUUCACU